AUGUCGAGUUCCAAGCGGGACGAGGAGAGAGCAUUUUUGGUGGAAUGCAUACGCCUCUACAGAGACCUUCCUUCCCUUUGGAAAGUUAAAUCACCAGAUUACACCAACAGAAACAAGAAAAAUUUAGAUUAUAAAACUCUAUUGACCAAAUAUCGGGAGAGAUAUCAGGAUGCAACUGUUGAAAAUGUCAAGAAAAAAUUCAAUAUUUUAAAAACCAACUUUAGGAAGGAACUGAAAAAAAUUACUUCAUCGAAGAGAUCUGGUACAGGGACAGAUGAUAUUCCAGAGACUUCAUUAUGGUACUAUGAAGAAAUAUCAUUCCUGAUAGACCAAGUUCUGCCUUCUCAUUCCUUAAGUACAUUAGAUGAGGAGGAGAGUGAGGAUGUUAUUGACGAUCACAUCUGA